GUUGAAUUCAUUUAUGACUUCUUCUUCUUCUUCCCCUGAUGCCCCCGAAGUUUAAAUAUCUGGCUGUGUUUUGCUCAACUCUGUUCAUCUAUCUAUUCUAGAGAAAUGAAUAAUCAAAGAAAAAAUCCAUUGUUUCUUCUCUGUUUUCUCUUCUUAUCCUUCAAACCCCAUGUUACAGUUUUUGCAGCUGAUACAAUCUCUUUAGGUGAUUCUCUAACCGGAAGUGAAACCAUUACAUCAAAAGGUCAAAAUUUUGUGUUGGGUUUCUUCAGUCCAGGUAAUUCUCAGAAUCAUUACAUUGGUAUAUGGUACAAAAAGGUCUCACUUCAGACUGUUGUUUGGGUUGCUAAUAGAGAUAAACCUGUUCGUGAUCCCUCUACUUCAAAGUUAACACUUUUAGGAAAUGGCGAUCUGGUUAUUAUUAAUCAAACUGAUAAAACGCCAAUUUGGUCUACUAAGUCAGCUUCAAAUACUCUGAAUGCAACCGAAGCAGUUCUUGGUGACGAUGGUAAUCUUAUUUUAAGAGAUGGGUCUAAUCCAUCUGUUGUCAUUUGGCAGAGUUUUGAUUACCCAACUGAUACUUGGUUACCUGGUGGAAAACUUCGAUUGAAUAAACGGACCAAGGAAGCUCAGUUACUUGCUUCAUGGAGAAAUCAAGAAGAUCCAGCUCCAGGAAUGUUCAACCUAGAAUUAGAUGGGACAAGCCAGUAUUUGAUAAAAUGGAAUAGGUCCAUACGAGUUUGGACAAGUGGGGAAUGGAAUGAACAAGCAAAAACAUUUGCUUUAGUUCCUGAGAUGAGAUUAAACUAUAUUUACAAUUUUAGUUACAUUUCAAAUGAAAACGAGAGUUAUUUUACUUAUUCACUUUACAGCGAUUCUAUUAUUUCUAGAUUUGUUAUGGAUCUUUCUGGCCAGAUCAAGCAACUUACAUGGUCAAAUACAACGGAAAGGUGGAAUUUGUUUUGGUCUCAACCGAAACAAUUAUGCGAUGUUUAUGGUAUCUGUGGACUUUUUGGCAACUGUAACCAGGAUACUCUCAAGUGCGAAUGUUUGCCGGGCUUUGUUCAACGAUAUCCUGCAGAUUGGACUCUCCAGGAUUCAACCGGUGGGUGUGUUAGGAAUACGUCUUUGCAGUGUGGAAAUAAAGAUCGUUUUUCGCCAAUCUCAACCUCGAAUUUGCCUGAUACUGAUAGUUCUCAGUCUCCACAAGUCAAUAGCGAGGAAGAAUGCAAAUCAGCUUGUGAGAGAAAUUGUUCUUGCGAUGCUUAUGCAUACAAGGAUUCAGGGUGUCAAUUAUGGGAUGGAGUUAUGUUAAAUGUCAAACAACAAUCGGAUGGAACAGCAGGAAAACUCUAUCUCAGACGUGCAGCAUCUGAACUUCAAAGUCCCGUGGCUGAAGAUAAGAGAGAGAAGAAAUCAUUUAAAGUUGCUGUUGUGGGUGCAGUUGCAGGGGUCGCAGCAGUUUUGGUACUUGGUCUUGUACUAGUGUUAAUAUUUAGAUCGCGAAGAUCAGUUGGAAAAUCAAAGGCAGUCGACGGUACAUUGGUGGCAUUUGCAUACAGGGAAUUGCAGAGUGCAACAAAGAACUUCUCACAGAAGUUGGGUGGUGGUGGCUUCGGCUCUGUCUUCAAAGGGACAUUAUCUGACUCUACUGCUAUAGCCGUGAAAAAACUUGAAGGUAUAAGUCAAGGAGAGAAGCAAUUCAGGUCAGAGGUGAGCACUAUCGGUACAAUUCAGCAUGUAAAUCUCGUUCGCUUACGUGGGUUUUGCUCAGAAGGAGCUAAAAGGUUACUGGUCUAUGAUUUCAUGCCGAAGGGUUCUUUGGAUGCUAAUCUGUUUCAUCAAAAUGACCCUGUGGUUUUAGAUUGGAAGACUAGAUAUCAAAUAGCACUCGGAAUUGCAAGAGGAUUGGCUUAUCUCCAUGAAAAAUGCAGAGAUUGCAUCAUUCACUGUGAUAUCAAGCCUGAAAAUAUCCUGUUGGAUGCUGAAUGCUGUCCUAAAGUAGCAGAUUUUGGUCUGGCCAAGCUUGUGGGUCGAGAUUUUAGCCGAGUCCUAACCACCAUGAGAGGAACUAGAGGGUAUCUUGCACCGGAAUGGAUUUCAGGAGUGGCCAUCACUCCAAAAGCUGACGUCUACAGCUAUGGUAUGAUGCUGUUUGAAAUUAUCUCUGGAAAGAGAAAUGCAGAGCAUGGCAAUAAUGACGAGAAAAUUAGAUUUUUCCCUACCUGGGCAGCGACCAAAAUGCAUGAAGGCGGAGAUAUCAUUAGCCUACUGGACAACAGGUUGGAAGGUAAUGCAGACAUUCAAGAGCUCACUAGGGCUUGUAGAGUUGCUUGCUGGUGCAUUCAAGAUGACGAAGCUCAUAGGCCUUCCAUGGGUCAGGUAGUUCAGAUACUUGAAGGGGUUUCGGAGGUGAAUGCACCUCCAAUCCCAAGGUCUCUCCAUGUUCUUGUGGAUAACCAGGAUAAUGUGUUUUUCUUCUCAGAGUCCUCAAACGGAAAUUCACAUGCACGAAGCAACACGACAUCAUCAACGUGUUCUCAGGCCAAGAGCACCAUUUCAUCAACGAGUUCAAAGUCUUGAAAUGAAGAGUCCGGUAAAAUGAGAGUAUAUAUUAGGGUGUUUACAUAGAAGCUUAAGAACUGUAAUUUCUUUUCUUUCAGAAAAAACCCAAUAAGCAACUGCAAGACUUCAUUUGGCUACCAAAUGCAUGCUUGCCUACUGUACCAAUGCUUCAGCUUUCAAACAUGUUCGGCCGAUCAGCCUAUCAUUUUGUACAAAAGAUGUAGUGAAGCCUAAUAGUUAUCCUUGUCUUUUA